AUGUCGUCUGUCGUUUUUCGACCUUUAUUACAUGAUCCACUUGGUUGGAAACAAUCAUGUACAUCAUAUACCGAUCAUUAUAAGUGGAGAAAGUAUGGAUCAAAAAAUAAAAGUAAAUUAACUUCAACGUAUGGUCAACGAUUUCAACGACAACUACGAAAACAAAAGCAAGCUAAUCAACGUUCAUCACCAGUACCAACAAAUGAAGAGCAAGCCAUUAAUCGAGUUAUCGUAGUAAAAAAAUGUGAAAAUAAACAAGAACAACCAAAAACCUCUCGUUAUUUACCAACAACAACACCAGUUUUUAUUGUUGAAAACGAAAAACGACCGGCGACAGCUUAUGUGGAUUCGAAUUGUUGUACACAAGUAUUACAACGUCCACCAACUGCUCCAGCAGCAAUUCAAGAACAAACUUCAUCAACACCAGAAGUUAACAAUUCUCCACCGGUAAAAGAAGAAAAAGAAAAAGAGAAAGAAAAAGGAAAACGUCCGGUUGAUGCGGAUAAUGAUAAUUCACGACAUUGGCUUACUUUUCUAAAUCCUAAAACACCUCAAAAAAUAAUUGAUAUCAAACAACGUUUAGGACAAUUAAAUGUGCCAACUACUCUUGCUCGACCUUCAACAACAUCGAAUAUAGUAGAACAAACACAACAAACAAUUCAGCCAAUUACUCGAUCAGCAUCGGCUUCAAUUCAAAAACAACAAACAAACGAUAAUCAACAUAAUUUUCUUACUUUUGAAAAACGUGAAACACCUGAUGAUUUACGAGCUGCACGUUAUCGUCUUGAUAAAUAUCGAUAUCAUCCAACAUUAGAUAAUUAUCCAUUACGUCCACAAACAUGUCCUGAUCGUACAAAAGAUUCUCCAAAACCAAUAACACCACCUGAAUUAAAAAACAAACCAUAUACACCACAACAACAACAACCUAAAAGUGAUGUAUGGACUGCACAAGAAGAAAGAAAACCCAGAACACCUAACAAUGAAUCAGUAUCGAAUUAUAUCCAAAUUGUUAAUUGUGAUAAUUUACCUAAUGAAUAUGCUAAUGCACUUGAAAUAUCGAAUGCAGCACAAAAUGAAUAUGAAAAAAAUUUACGAAUGAAUGGUGGACGAAGACCUGAUAGUCUUGUUUAUCGUCUCCCAGCAAAAUUACCUGACAAUAAAAACGUUUUAUUUGCUACUUAUCAAAAUCAACAGCAAUCAACAGAAAUGAACAAUCCAUUGCGUCAAGUAGUACAAGGCGAUAAUUUAGGUGUUUGGAUUCGAAAUGCCACAAAUAAAGAACGAGCAUCGGCUAUGAAAAUUGUACAAGAUGUUCUUAAUCCAUCAAUGUUAGGCUAUGAUAAACAGCCAACAACUCGUUCUUUAUCGGUACCACGAAAAUUAGGUUAUACACGUGCUCAACAUAAGUUUCCUUGUGAAAUAUGUGAGAAACUUCUUAUUAAACGUCAUGUAUGGGAUUUGAGUGGGUCAGAAGGUUUAACUUGUCCACAUCAUCCUCAGGGUAAUCAAGUUCGAGUAUAA